AUGACCGCGCCGCCCACAUCGUCGUUCUCCGUGUCAUUCCUUCGAAAGGCCACCGAGUUGCUCUUCCUCCAGCGGCGCCGCUCCAAACUCGGCGUCGCCGUCGGGUCCGUUCGUGCUGGCGGGUACACGUGGUCAUACCUAGACAAUUCGUCGUCGAGUCGCGUAACCGUGGUGUUUAUCCACGGGUUUAGCUCAGAAAAAGAUACGUGGUUGAACAUCAUGGGGUAUUUAGCCCAGCCGGCGCGGCUCCUGGCCCCGGAUCUGCCUGGGCACGGCGCGACGACCCCAUCGAGCCCGUUUCACAACUACAGCGUCGGCGCCCAAGUGCGAAACCUGCUCACGUUUUUAGAUAAAACGGUGGGCCCCGACAUCCCCGUGCAUCUCGUGGGGCACUCUAUGGGGGGGCUCAUCGCGGGGGUGUUUGCCGCGACGUUUCCUCACUUGGUGUCGAGUGUGACGCUGCUCUGUCCCGCGGGUAUUUCGAUGCCGACUAGGAGCCCCGUGCUGGCCAUGUUAGAAGACACGGGCGUGAACCUGAUGCAAGCGACGACAGUCGACGCGAUGCAAACGCUGCUCUGGUAUGCCGAAGCCAAACCCGGCCACCCUAUCUCUAGUAGACGGAACACCACGAGCAGUAGCUUCCAUCAUAACCAUCUCGCGACGCCAACCUCCCACAAACUUCGCACAAGGAGCAAUCGGUUCCUAAGUCGAUUCUAUGCCAAACACCAAGCCGAUAGAAAGCAAGUCGUGGACAAAAUCCUCAGCGAUAUGCUACCCGAACGAACAACCUUGGAAGACAGACUCGCAGACAUUGAGGCCCCGACGCUUGUGCUGUGGGGCAGCGACGAUCAGAUCUUGGACGUGAGCUGUGUGGACAACAUCCACCGUCAUGAAUGCAUCAACACGGUCGUCGUGGCCGGCUGUGGCCAUACCCUGCCCCAACGAAGGCCUGAAGUGUGUGCGGCAUACAUUGUCCAAAUGAUUCAGCGCUCGAAACGAUGGCUCACUGACAUGGAAUCCACGGCUGUCCUCACCUCGAGCUCGAAAAUCGACUAUUACUUUGAAUAG